ACAUCAGCAUCCUCUAUUCUAUUCAGGGGAGCAUGAGUCUGUUGUUGCGCAGUCUUAUCCGUGUUAGGGUGUAGGAAUUGUAGCCUGACGGAGGAGAGAGAGAUUUCCAAGUGAAGGGACGACGCAACAACAGCUUUGUGGGUUUGGAGAAUAGAGUACAAGUCCUCUCGUGCGCCAUUUUGAGCUACUUCACAGGAGCGAGGGACAGUUUUCCUCAAGUGGGUUUCCCUCCAUGCCCCUUCAUUUGGCACCAAAUCGACGGUGUUUCAAGAUAACGGUUGUGGGAAGCUCUCAGUCUGCGCUUGUAAAUUAAACCCCGGCAUGACCUUAAACCCUUCUUGUGUUUAGUGAGAGGCAGCAGCCAUGCCUUCAAUGGCUGCACUUCUACUUGCUCCUUCAAGCUCUGGCAGUAUCCUCCGGGCCAGCACAAGCGUGGGAGCAUCAUGCAGCCUUACAUCUUCAGAGUGUUGUAGGAGUAACACACAGCGAAUCCAUACGGCAAAUGCGGCAGCUAAAUCAAUGGAAGAAACGGGCUCAGAGGCUCAAAUCGGAAGGGUCAAGUACAAAGCUCCAAAGCGAGUUGCCAUCAGGAGAGGGAAAGGGUGGGUCAACAUGCCAGAGCCUGGGAAUGAGCGAGCACCUGCUGUUCUUAGUCCCACUGCCGCAGUCUUAAUGCGGAAUGUAAUUGCACAGAAAAGUCAUCAGGAUGUGUGGGAUGUCCUCGACGCUCUUCCUCGUGGUAUUGGUACGUGGGAGGCUAUAAUGGAGAAUGUUGCAGAGCUUAGAAGGCUAAGAAAUUGGCGAAGCGUGAUAUUGAUUUUAGAGUGGAUACUUCAAGGAACAAUGUUCAAGCCAGACGUGGGCUGUUUCAACAUGCUAAUAGACGCGUACGGUAAGAGCAAGCAGUGGAGAGAAGCGGAGAAGACUUUUCAUCUCAUGAAGGACUUUCAGUGUUUGCCUACAGAAACCUCUUUUAAUGUCCUCCUGGCUGCCUAUUCUCGUGGGGUCCAGCUCGAGAAAGCCGAAAAGUUGUUUCACGAAAUGAAAGAAUCAAAUUAUUCUCCAGGCAUAGCGACGUAUAACACUUAUCUAGAAGUUUUGGGCAAGUCUGGAAGGUUGUCGCAAGCUGAGGACACGUUUCGGGAUAUGCAGAAGCAAGGAAUUCUUCCAGCAGUCAAUACUUUCACAAUCAUGAUCAACAUUUAUGGUAAAGCUUACUAUUCAGACAAGGCCGAUGAUCUCUUCCGAAGCAUGCGUAAGGCGUUGUGUCCGCCCAAUCUUUAUACCUACACCGCACUCAUGAAUGCUCAUGCUAGGGAGGGGAAUUGUGUGAGGGCUGAGGAGAUAUUUGCGGAGCUCCAAUCAGUGGGCUUUAUUCCUGACGUUUAUACUUACAAUGCCCUGUUGGAAGCAUACAGUAGGGGAGAGCAUCCCACUGGAGCCAAGGAAGUGUUUCAGGCCAUGGUAGAAGCAGGCGUGAGACCAGAUCAAGUUUCAUACAACAUACUCAUUGACGCCUUCGGUCGUGCAGGUUUAACUGCUGAUGCGCAAGCUGUCUACGAUUCUAUGAAGGAGGCAGGGUUUAAACCUACCAUGAAGUCGCACAUGCUUCUGCUAAGCUCUUAUGCUAAAGCAGGAAAGGUCACUGAAGCUGAGCGUUUGGUACGAGAAAUAGAAAAUUCUGGAGUGAAGCCUGACACUUUCAUGUUCAAUUCUCUUCUAAGCGCAUAUGGAAAUUCAGGAAGGAUAGAUGAGAUGGAGAGCUUGUUGGAAUCUAUGGUGAGCAGUGUGGCAAAGCCAGAUAUCAGCACCUUGAACACUCUCAUUAAUGCCUAUGCACAAGGUGGAUAUAUCGAGAAAGCAGAGGAGGUCUUUAAUUCGCUGGAGUCUAAGGGGUUGACACCUGACGUAAUGUCGUGGACCUCACUCAUGGGUGCUUAUGCCCAACGAAAGCUUUUCAGGAAAUGUGUUUCAAUAUUUCAGAAAAUGGUUAAGGCGGGUUGUAUCCCAGAUAGAGCUACUGCCAAAGUAUUUCUUUCUUCUUGUCGUAGUCCAGAGCAGGUGAAGGAGGUCACAGAUAUGAUUGAAAGACAUAGAUAAGAGACUGAUCAGAUGCACAAAAUUGUGCACCCGAUGUCUAAAGGCGAGUGUUGGAUAGAUCGAGUAAUUUUUAGUAUCACUAUUUAAAGCCUUCAUUAUUCUUGAAUCAUGCAGCUCAUGGCACUUGUCAUAUCUGAAAUGUGAAUGCCCUUUGGGAUAGUGAUUAGUGUUCUGCCUUAAA